AGGUCAGUUUCAUGGUUCGUCUCGUUCUGGAUCAACUCUUUGUCUAUCUUUCUCCUAUUUUCUUUAAAAGACAAUUGUUGUAAUAUUAGAAAAUGCAGAAUUGCUGUUAAGAUCCAAAUUUAAGGAAAUAUCUCAAUAUGAGAACUGAGUGUUGACUUUGUGAUGAGUUCUGAAAGGAAUAAAAAAUAGUGGUUCUUCAAAUGACUCAAUCGCCCUGGCUUUGUUUACGUCGCCUUGAAAUCUGUAUUUAUUAUUAGAUUUACAUAUUUUUGAUUAAAAAACAUGAAUAUCGUGUGUGUUAUAUGCAGAGAAUUAUUGCUGCCAUCCGAAGAUAUUUUUAAUACACCGUGUGGUCACAUUUUUCACUUCCCGUGUCUGACUCGAUGGCUGGAAAGAUCAAAAUCGUGUCCGCAAUGUCGGGAGAAAGUAUCCGCGGCAAAAAUCCACAGGAUCUACUUCAACUUUUCGAACAACGAGGGUAUAGAAGAAGACAGCACGACAUUACAAAGCAGAGUCGAAAGUUUGGAAUUCAAGCUUCUCCUAAAAGAAAAGGACCUAAGUCACUACGUCUCGAAAGCAGAGACUUUGGACAAACAAGUUCGCGGUCUUCGAAAAGAGGUAAUGAAAUUGGAGAAUGAAAAAGAAUCAUUCAACACUACUAUUUACGCACUACAAGAACAAGCGAAGUACCUGAAGGAACAAAGCGUCUCAGCAGAAUCAAAAGUCAAGGAAUUGGAAAAAUUGAGAAAGAAGAUAGAACUAUACCACAAUGUACAAACUUUAGUGAGUUGUGCUGUUGAUGAUGUGAACGAAAUGGUCAGGGAGACGAGAGAUCCACAAACUUUGAUUACUUACAUCGGAGUUAUGAAGCAGGAGUUGUCGAAUCAUGUGAACAAAAGGAAGGCAAUGCGACAGAGAACGAUGAAACUGGAACAAGCCCUUAGUUCUGUAACUAAAGAGCGCGACUUAUUAUCCGAAGAGCUACUACGAAAAAAGAGCUUGGAAGAGAGACUUGCGAUUAGUGAAAGCAUAAGAAUGGAAUUGGAGAAACGAUUCGAAGCUUCUGAAGAGAAAGAGCUGGCUCCCGAGAAAAGUGAAGAUCCUGUUCCCGUUCCCAAGAUUAGCGUUUCUAAAGCAAGAGAAGUGCCGAAAGUUGAAAUGGUACGGAGGGUGCGUGAUAGCGAUGAUGAUGGUCCGGUCCCCAAAAAGAAAAAAGCGACGCCGGAACAAUAUUUUUUGGGAUCUCCAAUUGUUCUUAGUGAAGACAGUUCUGAUGAAGGAGCGAUAAUGAAACCGAAAAACAAGACCAAAGAAAACGAAGAAAAUUCUCCGUAUCUGAGAGUUAAAUCGAAAGGAAUCACAGCCUUGAAGGAACUACACGCACAGCGUUCAGCUGGUGUCAUUGGUCAUUCUAUUUUUGGAAAAAAGAAAAGAAUUUCGCAUCUUUCUAGUGGCCAGAGUGGAUUGGGGCCAAUGAGUUUUGAUGGUUUCGGCGGGCACUCGAAGCCUGAAUUAUUCCCAGUUGCUUCAAAAGUGAAGAAACCAGCAGUGAACGAUGCCGUGAAAGCAAAAAAACCGAAGUUGGAUGAUAAUGCGAAACUCGCGGAUUUUCUGAUUAAUUUGACAUGAAAUUCUGAGGAUAUUGAGAUGGAUGCCUGUUACGUUUUUGCCAAUUUAAGCUUAGAGUAAGUCCAUGGCUUAGAAAAAUAGGAAAAUGUUUAAAUCGCAUUUCAAGAUCUGCAGUCAAUACCAGUGAAGAUAUUUUCUGACUUCAAGAAAUCAGUAUUAAUUACUUUUUUUUCUGUCAGCGAAGACGUGAGCAAUACCAGUUUUGUAAUAUUUUUUAUUGACCAGUUUUUCUCUUUACCGAAAUCUGUUCCAGUGUGUAAACUAUUUGCGCUUUGAAUAUUAAUUUAAAUAUCCCUGUGAGAAGUACAAGCAUAGAGGCUUCAGUCUGAUACUCAAAAUAUACACAAAUAUAUUUAAAAUGUUUUAGUAGCAUUAUUUUUUGUUUUCAAAGUCAAGAUAAGGAAAGUUAUUUUUUUUAACUUUCGAAAAUGUCUAUUAUAAAGCCUAGAGCUGGUUUCUUGGAAAUUAUGUAAAAACAUGUUGACUUUCAAAUUUGUCUUAUUCUACUCUAUUUGAAAUUAAGGAUUUUUUUUACAAAAUAUUCUGCGAGAAAGAAGAUCGAUUUUAAUAUAUUGACUAUUGAUUUUCGGGAAGAAGUUCUUGCUUUUUUUAAUAAUAGGGUAAGGCUGGAAGCUUUUAUCCAGCACCGCAUCUAUAAUCAAAUUUAAGCUCUUAGCUGUAUUUAAUGCUGAGAAUAUUAGUUUUAAGUGAAGUUAUCUUUGUAUUCUAUGACAUCGUUAAUCGGUAAUAAAAAAUAAUUUUUAUAAAGC